AUGGCACAAGCACCAGUCGAACGUAAAUCUAUCUUCGUUGGAAACAUUCCUACCGAUAUUGCACCUGAGCAACUUCAAGCGGCUUUUCAACCUUUCGGGGUGAUCACCGACUUACACAUACCCCCGGACACCCAAACGCGAACAAAUCGUAAUUUCGCCUUCAUUACCUUCUCCGAUGCAUCUUCAGCCGUCGAUGCCAUUGAUAAUAUGCAUCUCAAUACUUUACCAUCUCAUCCUCUUAAGAUCUUGAAGGUGAAUCUCGCAAGGGCUAAUAACAAAUCAGGCGCGUCAGCUGGUGCAGGACAAUGGGGAAGCAAGAAGGCGAUAUGGGAUGAUGAGCAGUGGAUCAAAGAGCAUGCAUUGAAGGAUUCUACACCGACGGAAGAGCCUCCUGCGGUCGAACCUGUGUGA